CGCAUGCGCCUAGUAAUUUUCCCUGUAGAGACAAGACGGCUGCGGAGUAGGUGGCCAGCUCGCGCCUGUUCGGCCCGCCGUCGCCCGUCCUCACUGCGCAUGUGCGACGUCAUGUAAACAGCAGCAGCUGGGAAGAGGAGACGGUGAGGGGCGACAGACUGGGCACGUCGUGGUGUGGGAGCCGGCAGGAGCACCUCUCGCCAGAUACAAGUCUUUUUUUCGGUUCCUGUUAACAGAGAAGGCCUUUAAGAUUACGGACUAAAUGAUUUUGCGCGUGACUCGCCGUUUUAUGACGGAUUAGCCGCCAUGGGUUUGUGAGGCGCCGCGCCGGGAAGUGUGAGAGACUCAGACUGUGUUCGGCGAGGGGCGCGAGACCAUUUUUUUGUGUGCAGCACGUUCGUUCCGGGUCCGCGGUUUUCAUUCUCCUCCUGCGUCCAGGCUCUUCAACAGUGAUGUGGGUCCGUGGAGUCCAGUCUGAGGAAAGGGCCGAUCGCCAGUAGACCGUGAUCACCCGGCGCCUUCGAAGCCUCCCGCACGUUUUGGACCGGAUCUGGACCAGGUUCAGACGCGAGGUGUGUUCAUCUUCCCCCUGCACCUGGAAGACAGCCCUUUUAGAUGUUAACAGACAGCAGGAAACGCAAGCGCAACAGUGGCAGUGAAGACAGCCAGACUGUUCCUCAGGCCAAGAGAUCAGGAGGAGGUCACUCGAUCUUCCCUGAGUUUGGUCGUGAUGUCUGGGACUCUGAGUCGUCCAGCAGCGACAGCGGGGUCAGCAGCCCCGAGCAGUCAGCCGGCGGCAGCAGCGGUGCCAGCGGUGGCAGCAUCCAGUCCACAGACAGCGGGGGACACUGCUCCACACAGGGACCCUGCAGUCCAGCUGGCUCCGCCCACAUCGCCGAGGAGUCGUUCGUGAACCCGGGACCCUACCACCACAUCAACCGCAUCCUGCGGGAGGCGCACUUCAACAGCCUGCAGACCCGGGGCCAGCCAGGCGCCACAUGACCCUCGAUCCCUGCUCCGACCCAGCGGCUCAGAGAGGAGCAUGUCCGAGUACCUCAGACUCGCUCAACUCAACUUCCUGUGCGCCACAUAACUUCCUGUCUCCAAUUCUGCACCUUUAGCCUGUUUCCAGUAUUUACCGGCUCAUCCUUGUUUUCUUGUCUCGUCUCAUCCGUUCGUUCGUUGGGGACUGCAGUUUCACAGGCACGUUAUCUUGGCUUGGGUGCUAAUCCUAAUAAAGUAAAUAUAACCAUUAUUUGCAAUAAUGACAAAAUUUUAAUAAAAAUGAUUGCUCCCUGUUCAGUGUUCACUGCAGAGGUUAGAGUCGAGGUGUAGGAGGCACACGUGGACUUGGGCAGCACAGCUGGCCACCAGUUGUGUUGUGGUUCGAGUCAAUCCUGCGCGUGAGCGAUGACAGAGGUCAAACGGACGGCUCCUUUGCCCCCACCCCCACCCCCACCCCCCGCAAGGGGCGGCUCUUACUCUUUCUCUUGCGAGACUUCUUGCCAAAGCCGUCGGCGUCGCGCUCGCCAGCUUAUUGUAGACGUCUAACAGCAGGGCCCCAUUUCAGCACAAACUACGACACCGCGCUCGAUCAGCUUCACUGGGAAGCUGUGAACGUCCUGCAGGUCGUGUGGUUGGUCCACCCUCUGGACGUGACUCCGCUCUAGCUGCCCCAGUCAGUCUCACCUGUAACUCUGCACACUGAGCCUCUUUUGGAGAAAGAACUUCCAUGUUUGGAGCUGGGAUUCGCAGGUCCCCUCCCACUUCAUCCCAGGAACCACGUCCAACCCCUUCGGGGAGGGGACCGUGCAAGUCCCUUCCCUUGGCGUGGAGGACCCUAAGAGGGAUUGAUAUAAAUAGCAAUAAUGUGGAGGGGGACCUGUCAGAGCAGAGCAGGAACCUCUUGAGUUGUCCUGAAACUGCAGAGAGACCUAAGAGGUAGUGGUGGUAUAUCACCCCCCACUGCCUGACCACAGCGCUUCAUGUGUUAAAGCUCCUGUCUAAAUAUAGCAGUGCGGAGUCAGCGGGGGUCACGCCGGGAGUCGCUUUGCUGGCUCUAACGAGGAGCGGUGUGGACAGUGAGACGCGCCAUCGUUCGAUUGGCUGCCCAGAACGUGUCACAGAAAAAGGGUCACAGGUCACCCUGUAUGGUUGACCCCGGUGUGAAGGCAAAAUAUUCUGAGUUCACGUUGCAGUCAGCUGCCGAUUCUUUGGUCCUGGAACACAGAGCUCCGUCCCACCGGUCUCACCGCUCUAGAUGUUGAUGCCCUUUGAGGGGUAAAUGUGGUGUGGGGGUUAGGAUCGUUGUUACGAGUCCGAGUGUCAUGCUCGGGGGGGUGGGGGCUCUGCACUGUCCGCCAUGUUUACACAAGGCUGUUGACCACCAAGUCCCUGACUGCUGGGAGGGCCAAACCAACAUCCAGGGCGGUGUAUUUGUUGACCUGCUGCGGACCGAGAUGAACACAGCGCACAGUUGGAGAAGUUAGGGUCUUGACUCCACGUCCUUCCUUUUCCCAGUAUCCUUCCGUGACUUGAACCCUGCUCUUGCGUGUGUCUUGUUGACCAUGACCGUGUAGUACAGCUUCAGGGACCGGGACCGUGUGCUGUUUGGUCUGACCCCCACCUUUGACCGGCCAGUCGCUGGCCCCCAAGCACUGACCAAUCCCUCGCCACCCCAUGGAGCCCAGCCAAUCCCCAGUGCCGAGAGUCGAGUGCUCUGCGUGUGACCACUCCCCUUUCACAUGGUGCUCACAUAGGCUCCACCCCCUGGUCAGUGCUGCCUCUCUGCUGUCUUACCCUGACACUGUGUUCUCUAUACUUGGGAGGGGGUUAAUGAAUAAAGACAGGAUUUGAUUACCAUGUUUUGUAUUUAGAAUUGUACAUGACCUUUUAGCCUACAUUGAAU